AGUGUUGGAACUUGGCAGGCGGAGGUCCUGGCGAGCUGGCCAUGGGCAGAGGGUUGUGACGGCGGCCGAGGCCCGUCCAAGCCUCUGAGCCGCCCGCUCCGUGGCCAUGGGGCUGGGCUCGAGUUCCGAGGUUCCCGACGGGGGCUCCGAGGGCUAUCAUGUGCACGGGGUUCAGGAAAACUCUCCUGCUCAGAGGGCCGGCUUGGAGCCAUUCUUUGAUUUCAUCCUCACAAUAGGUCACACCCGGCUGAAUAAAGAAGGUGACACCCUGAAAGAUCUGCUGAAAGCCAAUGUGGAGAAGCCCGUGAAGCUGGAGGUUUACAACAUAAAGGCGAUGAAAGUGCGCGAGGUGGAGGUGGUCCCCAGCAACAUGUGGGGAGGCCAGGGCCUUCUGGGGGCCAGCGUGCGCUUCUGCAGUUUCCAAGGAGCCAAGGAGCACGUGUGGCACGUGCUGGAUGUGGAACCAGCGUCCCCUGCAGCCUUAGCUGGCCUGAAACCACACACAGACUAUAUUAUUGGAUCGGAUCAGAUACUACAAGAGUCAGAAGAUUUCUUUGCGCUGAUUGAAUCCCAUGAGGGAAAGCCUUUGAAGCUGAUGGUCUACAACACAGAAAUGGAUUCGUGUCGUGAGGUUUUUGUAACCCCCAAUGGUGCUUGGGGUGGAGAAGGGAGUUUAGGCUGUGGCAUUGGAUUUGGCUAUUUGCACAGAAUUCCGACACAGGUGACUCUACCAAAGAAGAAACCCGAAGCUAGUUCCCCUCCGCCUUUGCCCUCAGGGCACAUGCCUCCCGAGCCACCAGCUAAUGGCUAUACAGAGGCUCCGCUGUUGGCACCUAAUUCCCAAAAUGAAGAUGCUUCAGGCUUAGAUUACAGUACGAAUCACAGUGUGGACAUGUACCCAGUAGAAAACUCUCUUCAGCCACCGCCUCCAGUGCAGCGAGUUAUGGAUCCAGGUUUUGUAGAUAUGUCUGGAGCUUCUUUUCCUGAAUUAAUUGACUUGGCAAAAACAAUCAAUGCGCAUUCUUCCUCUGCUUCCUUCAACUUGACAGACACCUUGGCAGCAACUGAUAGCUUGCUAAGUAAUAGCAGAACUCGCACAUCUUUUGAACAUGCCUCUAUUCCAUUCUCGGAAGAUUCAGCAUCUUACCUGGAGGACUUGAGUCCUCAGCCAGAACUAGACAAAGAGAUGCCUUCAGUUUCACCUUUACCAUCUCUUCCUAUGGAGAUAUCUCUAAACACAACAUCUAAAGUUGAUGCUCAGGAAACUGUUCUGCCUUCAGAUGAAACUGAGGGUCCCAUAUUGCCCAAAACAUUACAAUCUGACGGUGACAGGGCAGCCCAAGAAUUGACGGAAGAAACUGUUCUGAACUAGUCCUAAAAGUGCCGCUCCUCCCCGGAGUUCUGGAAUGUGCCACAUGUUUGAAGGAUUUUCGCACCUGGCUCUGUGGUACCCAGAAAUGUUUGUUCUGUUGCUGCAUCACAGAAAAGUCCAGCUGCCUCCACCAGCACCACCCCAGGAGUCACAGUCAGUAGUUGGCUGAAAGUCUGAAUCUGUUUAAUUGCUGCUCCGUGAUAACACUGAUCAUUCUAUUUGUAUUUUUUAAAAGGCAAUGGCUGACAAGUAGGAGGAUUUCCUACCGCUGUGCCAUAAACCAGCCUUCUCCGACUUGAUGUCCUUCAGAUGUUUGGGAUAACAGUUCUCAACGUUUUUGACCAUUGGAUAUGCUACCUUGGGCUGACUGCUGCUGGAAUUCCCUGACAUCUGGAGGGUUUCAGGUGGGGGAAGGGUGCUAUAAACAUUUGGGUUAUCAGCUGCAAUGUUUCAUAAGCACAUAAAGCACUAAUUUCAGUGAAAUGCUUUAGUCACCUUCCCAGGUUGCAGUUUUAAAUGUGGCUGUUGAUCACUCAAAGUCCUAGGGCAGGGGUGGGCGAUCUCCUGCAUUGCAGUUCCCAGUUGCUGGCUAGACUGCCAGUGGCUGAUGAGCUGCAGUUCAUUUUCAUCUGCCCACCCCAGUCUAAAAUGAUAGUGCUUGACCAUUUUAGUUAUUUCACAUGAAUAUAAACAUUUUUAACUUAAUCCAACAGCAUUGGCACCAAGGUAAAAUUUGGAUCAUUAUGAAAAAAGAAUGUAAAAUGUUUUUUUUUAAUUUUAAGGACACGAUAAAGGCAACAGCAUGUGCAAAUGUACCAGGCCACUAUAGGAACUUUGAUCCUAAAUACAUCUGCCAUACCUCCAUGCAGCUUCCCUCUCCUGCUCAGUGCUGGUUACCUGGACUUGGUACUCGAGUAAGGAGUCUGAGAAGGUGGUUUGGAUGGGGUUAAAGGAGUUGGGCACAAAUUGCUUGCACAUGUACUAAAAGGAAUAAUCCUGCCUACUACUUCUGCUGGGAACAUGAAUCACAUCAUCUGGCUGUGUUGUAGUUUUUAAUCUAAACAGCUGUUUGCCUUUCCUAUCCAAUAAUUUAGUUGUUCCCUGCAGCCAAUGGGGAUGCUUUCUUGGGUGAGUAGUUUAAAGGGGGAAAUAACUCUAGCAGUUUAGUUUUAUAUUUGUGCAAAAUGAUCUCACAAGCAUUUGUAAAUUAUUUAAGGCUGAGAUGCUAAGUGUGUGUUGGGUGAAGUUCAUGGAAUUUUAACUUCUGAUUGCAAACAUAUGUCGACAAACAAAUAAGCAACCAGAAUGCAGUGGGAUUGUCUCUCUGGUAGAAGGCACUUCCUCAAACACCAUUAAAAGAUGACAUUUUCAAUACAAGUAAUGGCAAUUCUGGUUUAUGCUACCUGUUCAUCUUCUGAAAUGGUUUUAUGAAUCACUUUCUUAGUCUGGAAAUAAAUCCCUUUUGAAAGGUA